AUGGCCCCGCCCCUCGGGAGCCUUCCCACUCCUCCGGAUCCCCGCCGACCACCUCUGCCAUAUCACAGCGGCGCCAGCUUCACGAUCCGUCCCCACCGGGCCCCCGUUCCAUUCGGAGCAGGCUAUAUCACUGAACCGCCGGCCCGGGAGCGGUUUACCUCCUUGGAUUUCUGGGCUGGAGUGAAGUCGCCCCAGACCGAUUGGUGCCUGCGCGAGCAUCCCCUAAUUGAGACACCACCGGCAGAUGGGCCGCCACAUGACUUCCACAUUCUCAACCAGAUCGUGUGCAGGGACGGACGGGGUCCUCAAGUAGUGCGGUGUUAUCUCGAUGAAUGUAGAGCUAAAACCUAUGUUGCCAAAAUAUUCGACCCAUUGUACUAUCAAUAUCCCGGUGAUGCCACCUGGUCUGCCGACCAUGACUACAGCCUGGAGUCUUCCGCAUAUACGGAAAUCCAGAAUUCCAGCCUCGACGGGCAGUUCACCCCCAGGUACCACGGCUCCUUCACACUUACCCUCCCCCUGCUGGACACACCCCAAUCCAGCGGUCUGACUUACCCGGCGCGCAUGGUUCUCAUGGAGGACGUACCAGGAGUGUCGAUGGAGACGCUCAUGACAAACGACCUGUAUCUCAAGAUACCCCUGGCGCUCCGCCUAGACAUCACAGCCCAGAUCCUGGAGAUCGACUGUAAACUCAGAUUCAUCGGUGUCAUACAAAACGAUCUCGCCCCGAGGAAUGUCAUGCUCGGCAUGGACCCGGACGACUGGGCAAGUCCCCCUUCUCGCACUGUUCUCCUCGACUUCUCCUACUCCCAUGUUCUUACUUGGAAAAACUCCAAGAAACAGAGACUUCUCCAGCCGCGCGGGUCCAUGCCGAAAGGUCCCGUCUGCUUUCACUGGGGCCAAGGCUCGCCCCGCGACUUUGGUCCCUGGGUGCCCCAGCCCAUCGGGCUUUUCGGAGAGACGGAGGCUUGGAACGGCUGGCUCCUCGAGCGAUGGGGCGGAUCAGAUGCCUGGGCGGGCAGGGAAACGUUGACGGACUUGAAUAUAUGCAACGCAAAAUGUAGCAGUUCAGAGCUCGACGACAAUAUUAGACAGUGA